CUGUCAACAGUCAUUCCCUUCUGUGACUUUUGGGAGUAAGAACACAGUGCAGCAUCAAAACCAAUCAUGCCGACGCGGUCCACAGAGGAAUGGGUCCGGCUGUCCAUGCGCACCCCGGGCAUCCUGAUCUUCGGGAUGGUGAUGGCCCCCUGCGGCUGGAUCCUGGACCUGACCGCCACCGUGGCCCCCAACUGGAGGACCCUGCACAACGUCCCCGACAGACCCCAGGACGAGAUCACCCAGCAGGGCAUCUGGGACAUCUGCGUGGCCUCCUCCACCAACACCAGGACCCAGUGCGGCCAGGAUGACCCCACCUACUUCAGCAACCAGCUGAUCCCCGUGGCGCAGGGGCUGAUGGUGGCCUCCCUGGUGGUGACUCUGAUCGGGCUGGCCGUGGCCAUCCCCGGGGUGCGCUGCUGGAGGGACAAGCCCCAGUGGAAGGUGGCCGGGCUGGGCGGGCUGCUCAUCUUCUGCUCCGGCGUGCUGACCCUCAUCCCCAUCGCCUGGUACACGCACAUCCUGGAGGAGAUCACCAGCGAGACCUCGCGCAACGACGUGCGGGUGGGGUACUGCAUCGUGCUGGGUUACAUCGGCGGGAUAUUUGAGGUGCUGGGAGGCGCCGUCAUGUUCAUCGGGAUCUGCCGCUGCUGCGGCGGCAAGAACCGAGGGGAGAGCCGGCUGGAGGAGCUGGUCGGCCGGCAUCCCAAAGCGCCGCCGAGGCGUAUCGAGGUGCCGACCCUGAGCCGGCCCCGGAGCAGCGCCGGCGGCAGCAGCGUGCCCUACUCCAAGGACUCCAUGGAGGAGGACGAUGUGUCCUUCCCCCGGGCCAAGAGCCCCGCGGCCCGCUCAGGAAACACCUCCUUCAACGGAACUCCGUACGAUGCAGACUUAUGAGAGAGGAGACAGCUGUAGGGAAAAGAGUGGAGUUAAUGGUAACGCUUUUUAAGCACCUUGUAAUAAGCAUUAGUUAAUAGGUAAUAAGGCCCUUAUAAGUCCUUAAUAACGGCGUAAUAAAGUAUAUUUGUAUUUUAAUAAAGCAAACAAAAAAGAUGAUUGAAGGCGUAAUAAUGCAUAAUAAAAGAUUUAUUAGCCUUAAUAAGGCAUUGUUCACGCUUUAGAUCCAGUAGCUGCAAAAAGCAUAGUUAACUGUUAACAAGUGCCUAGUUAACUGAUAAUAAUGGCAUAAUAAAGUAUAUUUGUAGUUUAAUAAAGCUUCUUAUAAGUUUCUUAUAAGUUUUAAUAAAUGUCUUAUAGUCUGAUAUUAACUAUAUUAUGAUAUUAUUGUUUAUAUAUUCUUAUAAACACAUAAUAAUGUUGAUAAGCACCUUAUAGGGCCUUAUUACCAGGGGUGCACACAAGCUGGGACUCCAGGGCUAGUCUACUGCAUGUUUUAGAUGUUUCCCUGUAUUCAACACACCUGAUUCUAAUCACUGGUCGUCAUCAACGUGUCAUCAAGGUUUACACAACUCUGUUGGUGACACAGCCUUGUCUAUCAGGGUUGUGUUGAUGCAGGGAAAAAUCUAAAAUGUGCAGUAGACUAUCCCUGGAGUCCCGGCUUGUGUGCACCCCUGCUUAUUAUCUAUUAACUAAUGCUUAUUACAAGGACCUUAAUAUUAAGCGUUACCAAGUUAAUUCUAGGAAGCGCAUUGUAGUAAUGCACCAGAUGCAUAAUGUAAAGUCAUCACGCAUCUUUAGGCGACUGGUGGGGAAGUAUUUUAAGACCACAGUUAAGAUCAAACACAGAUAAUGAUAUUGUUUCAUCACGGGACAACUAAAGGCAAACAUGUAUAUUAGAAUAAAGUGUUUAUUGUAGGGGCAUGGCUGCAGUUUAAUGCAGUAAAACCCGCUAAUGGGUUCAGCUUGAUUCUCAAAAGUCGAGACCUUUACAACACAUUAUUGUCAAAUGUCUGAGCACAAUUUUUGUUAUACAGAUUAGAAGGAAAUAAUGGAAGGACAUACACAUCUCUCAACAAUGAAGAAUAAUGAUUUGAACAAUGAAUUAUCAAAUGAGCUUUAAUAAGCCUGGUAUUUUUUUGGAUUACAAAUGAAAUGUUGCUGUCUAUUAUGUUGCUCAGAUGAUAAUGAACUCAUGCUGUAAAUAGCCGAAUCUUUAAGAAAGCUUUUACUUUUAUUUUUCUAUUUCCACUGGCUAAUGCAUUCCCAUUUUUUCUUUUGUUCUCUUGGUGCCUUUUUUUACAUUUUUGUAAAGACUAUGUUCUUAUGCACUUUUGAAUUCAGGCUCCCUGUUGUAAGAAGCAUCCUCUAGUGAUCAACGUUUUUAAAAAUUCUUUCUGUGAAUUAGGUUUUUGAAUGUGCAAUCUGUUCCCUUACUUGAGUGAGUCCCUUUUGUUUGGUGUAAAAACAAACAAUGUAAUAAAUGACCUGUAAAAAG